AUGACAUUGGGGAUUAAAUCAAAAGAUUUAAGAAAUAUUGAAAAAAGCCAAUUUUUAAAAAAACGCUGGUUUUUUUGCUGGUUUGAAUUACCAGCAUGCGGUUUUUUGGUUGAAAAACCAGCAAAAACCAGCAUGCUGGUACCAGCAAUAAGCAACCCUACUUCGUACUGUAUUUGCACCAUUCAAGUGUUCGCAGCUAAAAACGAAAUCUUAGAACAAAAAUUGAAGCAAAAAUAUAACUAG